UGCUCUCCACAUAUUUUGUUACCUGCUUUACACACGUUCUCUCCAUCCUCCUCUAACCACUUCUCCAGCUUCCUUCUUCCAGCGUAUUCCCUUUGAGAUCCAUCUUGUAUUUCCGCGUUUUCUGUUUAUUUUCAUUGGUUUCUUUGUACAAAUAACACCUCAAGUCUUUCUUCUGAAAGCUGAUUCUGGUUUGCCGUCGCUUUAAAAAGUUCAUCGUCUGUUCUCGUGUUUCUACGUCUUUUCUUUCAUAAUGAAUCAUGGUCUGCAUCAUCCUGUGGACCCAUUCCGAAUUAUCAAGGAAACCGCUCGUGAUGGAGCCACUGGCGAAGUAAAGCAACUCUCUUAUACCUCUAGUAAAGUCGUUGGCUCUGGAAGCUUUGGUGUCGUCAUUCAAGUUCAUCUCAUUGAACACGACAGUAAAGCUGCCAUUAAGCGGGUUUUACAAGAUAAACGUUUCAAGAAUAGAGAACUCCAAAUUAUGCGACUCAUAAAGCAUCCCAACAUCAUCGAUUUGAUCGCUUAUUACUACACAACUGGUGAAAAUCUCGACGAGGUCUACUUAAACUUGGUCUUGGAGUUCAUGCCCGAAACAAUCUACCGUGCUUCUCGACUAUAUGCUCGUCAAAAAUUAUCUAUGCCUAUGAUUGAAGUCAAACUUUACAUUUACCAACUCUUACGAUCAUUGGCCUAUAUCCACGCCAGCGGAAUAUGCCAUCGAGAUAUCAAACCUCAAAAUUUGCUGAUGGAUCCUGAAACUGGUGCUUUGAAGCUCUGCGACUUUGGUAGUGCAAAGAUUCUUGUAGCCGGUGAACCAAAUGUUUCCUACAUCUGCUCACGUUACUAUCGUGCUCCCGAGCUCAUUUUUGGUGCGACAGACUAUACUCCUGCAAUUGACAUAUGGUCCACUGGUUGUGUCAUGGCCGAGCUCAUGCUGGGUCAACCCCUGUUCCCUGGAGAAAGCGGCAUCGACCAAUUAGUAGAAAUUAUAAAAAUUUUGGGUACUCCUACCCGAGAACAAAUCAAAACAAUGAAUCCUAAUUACAUGGAACAUCGAUUUCCACAAAUACGCCCUCAUCCAUUCUCCAGAGUUUUUUCGCGAAACGUACCUUCAGAAGCUAUUGACUUACUAACAAAAUUGCUGCAAUACACUCCUACCCACCGUCUAACUGCUAUAGAAGCUAUGUGUCAUCCUUUCUUUGAUGAACUCCGUGAUCCAAAUACCAGACUCCCGGAUUCUCGUAAUCCUCAAAAUCCACCUCGUCCACUGCCAGAUUUAUUCAAUUUUAGUCAUCAGGAACUCUCUAUUCGUCCUGAUUUGAAUAAAAAAUUGAUACCUCCUCAUGCUCGAGCUUAUUUACCCGUUGAUUUGGACAACUUUGUCCCCGUUGAAAUCAAGCGUGCCCAAAUUGACUAAAGAACAAACAUGUGAAAGUCCAAUGUCGCUCUGCAAAUGUGUGAGUGCAAACGAUAGUUUUCCGAUUUCUGUUUGGCACUUUUUCGAUCAAUCUUUUGCUCCUUGGCAGCUUUCUUGUUUCUUUUGAAUAUUUAUCAUAAUGCGAUUUAUCUAUCUACAACUUUCAAAGGUUAUCUAGUUGUUUUUGGUUGUUCUUUAAUAUUUUUAUUGAGUGCAAGAAAGAGAAAUGCAAGACUAAAAUGCCAAAAGAUAAUAGGACUUUUAAAUUGCGUCUUAAGAAUUUGAGACACGAUCUACAGGAUCACGAACAGGAUAAUGUUUAUGUUGAUUGGUUUCCAGUAAUUAUUUUGUUGAUCAUUUCUGCUUUAAUUGUUCGUGGAACUUAUUUAUAUAUACACGUAUAUACAUGCUUACAACGUUAUUGGAAAAAUAAGGUACUUGUUUUACCGGAUGAAUGUGUCAUCAAAAGUAGUGCACCUGUGAAUGUAUAGAGCAGCAGUACUAGUGAUAAUGAAUCUGACAUAGAAGAAGGAUUGAAUAUUUACAUUGAUAAAAAAAGGAAUUUUACAUA